GGAAGAGAAGCGGUCUAGUUCCGGACGCGGCUGCCGCCGCCGCCAUCUGUCACCUGAGCUCCGGCACCAGCACCCUGCCGUCCCGGCCCCGCCGCCUGCCUCCUCGGCGGAGCUGCUCCCCUCUCUGCUCUGUUCUCGUCGCUGACUUUUUCCCCUACAUGGAUCUGGUCAGAGUGGCAUCCCCUGAGCCCGGGCCAGCAGCGGCCUGGGGACCCAGCAAGUGUCCAUGGGCCACCCCUCAAAAUACAAUAUCUUGUUCUUUGUCUGAUGUAAUGAGUGAGCAGUUGGCUAAAGAAUUGCAGUUAGAAGAAGAAGCUGCCGCUUUUCCUGAAGUUGCUGUUGCUGAAGGACCAUUUAUUACUGGAGAAAACAUUGAUACUUCCAGCGACCUAAUGCUUGCUCAGAUGCUACAGAUGGAGUUUGACAGAGAAUAUGAUGCCCAGCUUAGGCGUGAAGAAAAAAAAUUCAAUGGAGAUAGCAAAGUUUCCAUUUCCUUUGAAAAUUAUCGAAAAGUGCAUCCUUACGAAGACAGUGAUAGCUCUGAAGAUGAGGUUGACUGGCAGGACACUCGUGAUGACCCCUACAGACCAGCAAAACCAGUUCCUACUCCCAAAAAGGGUUUUAUUGGAAAAGGAAAAGACAUCACCACCAAACAUGAUGAAGUAGUAUGUGGGAGAAAGAACACAGCCAGAAUGGAAAAUUUUGCACCUGGGUUUCAGGUAGGAGAUGGAAUUGGAAUGGACUUAAAACUAUCAAACCAUGUUUUCAAUGCUUUAAAACAACAUGCCUACUCAGAAGAACGUCGAAGUGCCCGUCUCCAUGAGAAAAAGGAGCAUUCUACUGCAGAAAAAGCAGUUGAUCCUAAGACACGUUUACUUAUGUAUAAAAUGGUCAACUCUGGAAUGUUGGAGACAAUCACUGGCUGUAUUAGUACAGGAAAGGAAUCUGUUGUCUUUCAUGCGUAUGGAGGGAGCAUGGAGGAUGGAAAGGAAGAUAGUAAAGUUAUACCUACAGAAUGUGCCAUCAAGGUAUUUAAAACAACCCUUAAUGAGUUUAAGAAUCGUGACAAAUAUAUUAAAGAUGAUUUCAGGUUUAAAGAUCGCUUCAGUAAACUAAAUCCGCGUAAGAUCAUCCGCAUGUGGGCAGAAAAAGAAAUGCACAAUCUUACAAGGAUGCAGAGAGCUGGAAUUCCUUGUCCAACAGUUGUACUACUCAAGAAACACAUUUUAGUUAUGUCUUUUAUUGGCCAUGAUCAAGUUCCAGCCCCUAAAUUGAAAGAAGUAAAGCUCAGCAGUGAAGAAAUGAAAGACGCCUACUAUCAAACUCUUCAUUUGAUGCAGCAGUUAUAUAACGAAUGUACGCUCGUACACGCCGACCUCAGUGAGUACAACAUGCUCUGGCAUGCUGGAAAGGUCUGGUUGAUCGAUGUCAGUCAGUCUGUAGAACCAACCCACCCUCAUGGCCUGGAGUUCUUGUUUCGUGACUGUAGGAAUGUCUCACAGUUUUUUCAGAAAGGAGGAGUAAAGGAAGCCCUUGGUGAGCGAGAACUCUUCAAUGCUGUUUCAGGCUUAAACAUCUCGGCAGAUAAUGAAGCUGAUUUCUUAGCUGAGAUAGAAGCUUUGGAGAAAAUGAAUGAAGAUCAUGUUCAGAAGAAUGGAAGGAAAGCUGCUUCAUUUUUGAAAGAUGAUGGAGGUCCACCAGUCUCAUAUGAUGAAUAGCACUAAUGCCCACUGCUUUCGUGUUGACACAGUGGUGAUUGUCAGCUGCCAAUGGCAAAUGAAGUUAUGGGUGACUUGAAAUAUCAAAACAUGAGGCGUGUACAAUGGUGCUUCUGUGGUUUUUUUCCCUUGUAACCCAUAUACCAGAUAGGUGGAAUUUUUAGCUCAGCAUUGAGAGAAUAAAAUGUCACUACCUCUCAUGAUAUGAAUAGGGUAAUAUAAUUCUUAACAACUACAGGUUAUGUAGCUGAAAUCAACCUGAUUUUACAGGAUUUGUGGCAUAAAAUGUUUUGAUGAGAAUUUUUAACAUUUCCAAAUAUGGAAGGAAGGGACAGAUGUGUUUACAAAGGAGACAUUUAUUACAACACACUUGGCUUUUCUCACCUCCCUCUUUUGUGUUGCAUCUUUCCUCAAAUAUUUGAUCGGCCUAAAAUUAGCCCUUCUUAAUUCUUUUUCCAGAUUGUGACCAUGAUUCUAAAGGAAAAUUUCUUCUCUUUAGUAGGUGACGUAAAUGGAAAUUUGGUUUCAGAAUGGCUGACAGAAGUAAAGUGCUUUUUAUUGGUACAUCAUUAAUUCUUUUCCACACUGAUAUGUAAGGGAAACACAUCAUCAGUUUCUGAAAGAGAUAAAUAAGUACUUCUCAACUAUCCACAGUUUUUAAAUUUAACUUCCAGCUUUUCUACAUUUAGGUGAAAUGGUUAGGAUAUAACUCAUGGUGCAGCCGCUCUGCAUUUAUAAUAAAAAUGUAAAUUAUCUGGAAGGACAGAAUAGAAUCUUCAACCAUGUUUAACAUUUUUAAUGAAGUCAUUGAAACAAAAUUCAGUUUACACAUCACUCAAGCUGUAUACUUACUGUUUUUGAAAGAAAUACAGCAGGCUACCUAGAAAGAUUAUAUCAUCAAAGGAUGAAAAGUACAUACAAAACAUGUUGGGUACCAAAUCACCAACUAAUUUAAACUGCCUGAUCUCGCUUUUAAUAAUUUUUAGUACUGUUGGGGCGCCACUUCCUAAUGCAGGCGAAAUACAUUGACUCUUUUAAGACUGAAGCUCAUUCAGAACAACAGAAUCGUUCCUCCUAUUACUAGAAUCAGAUUGAGAUCACUGAAGACCUAAACUCUCUGUCUGAUAGUAGAAAGUAAAAAUCUGAACAUUAGUUACACUUGAAAGCUUCUUCAUUAAGAUUAUUUUAAAAUGCCAAAUACGUUCUCUCUAGAAAAAUAUUUAUUUUUGUUUCUGUUGUAUAACUUUUAUUUUUUCCCCUGUUGUAUAACUUUUAAUUGUGUUUCAGAGAAGUGUGAUUUGGGGCUACUCAUUGCAUUUCAUGAAAUGUUUACCACUAUGAAACAAAUAUUUAAAUGACUGGGAAUUAUUGACUUUAUAGAAAUUUCAAAGAACUAAUUUUAAAAACCAUUAACCAUUAAAUUUUGUUUUGUUUUGUUUUCUGACAUACUCUGUUUGACAGUAGCAGCAAAUUACUGCUGUGUGGCAUUCUUGGAGUGUGCUGUGAACACGCUUUUUAAGAAAUUAAAAAUGAAGAGAGCAUUUUA